AUGGCUACACAAGUAUAUGAUCUAGCAUCCAAAAUCAGUAGGGGACUGUCGCCAAACGACAAUGACUUGUCAAACCACGAUCGCGAGGCACUCGGGAACAACGUUGCUGUGAACGACCUGAAACCAACAGGCUGCAGUUUGGACACGUGCAGUCGGUGCAGAUCAGAACUAGACCAGUUCUCGAGACUUCCAGACGAAGUCAUAGCUUGUCAUAUUCUGCCAAAACUUGAUAUUUUUGAUGUAUGUAUGAUGAAGUGUGACAAUUGCUGGCGUGCUGUGACAGAAGCCAAUCUCUUGACAAUUAGCAAGAAAAGUCCAAAACUAAGAGCACUGACAACAAGUCAUAACCAAAGUGUAACUGACUUUAGUAUCUUGAUGUUAGCACAAAACUGUCCAUUGUUGCAGGAACUAGAUCUCAGUAGCUGCUUUAACUGCCAUUUUACUAAGUGGAACAAAGUGCAACAUGAAAAUGAACAAGGCUUUCAUAGUUUCACUAUGCUCUUUAAGUUGACAGAUGAGAGUAUCUGCAUGCUUGCUGGGAUUUGUAAAAACUUGCGUGAGUUGCAUCUGAGCAGUAACUAUGGCGUUACCGAUGUCAGUGUUAUCGAACUUGCCGAAAAUUGUACCAGCUUGGAAGAAUUGGAUGUGAGUUAUUGUUACAAAGUCACCGAUAAAGGGUUGAGAGAAUUCUGUAAUAAUGAAGAAAGUAAACUGAAGUUGCUGAGGAUAAAGAACUGUAAUGAUGUGAGUCCCUACAUAGCCUAG